UAUCUAAUGGGUCCAAACUAAUAAUUAGACAUUGGAAAAGUGACUAUUGAAUGAGAUAUUGUCCCCAACCAUAAAUGCAGAACCACAAAAACAAGCACAACAAUAUCAUUGAUCAGGAAGAGAACAUGAAGCACUAUAUGCUUGUUCACGGCGGUUGCAACGGCGCAUGGUGCUGGUACAAAGUCAAACCGGUGCUAGAAGAUUCAGGGCACCGUGUGACCGUUGUUGAUCUCACGGCUUCUGGUUUGAACAUGAGCAGAGUGGAAGAAAUUCAGACUUUGGAGGAUUACACUAAGCCAUUGCUCGAGGUUCUUGAGUCGCUUGGUCCGGAGGAUAAGGUUAUCCUCGUCGCGCAUAGCCUUGGAGGGAUAUCGGUUGCUCUUGCAGCCGACAUGUUUCCUAGUAAGAUCUCUGUUUCUGUCUUCAUAACCUCUUUCAUGCCCGAUACAACGAAUCCACCUUCUUACGUUUUCGAAAAGUUUCUCGGAAGUGUUUUGGAAGAAGACCGGAUGAAUAUGGAGUUCGGGACAUAUGGUACACAUGAUCGUCCUCUAACCACUAUUCUUCUUGGAACAAAGUUCUUAGCCAAGAAGAUGUAUCAUCUCUCUCCGGUCGAAGAUUUUGAAUUGGCCAAAACAUUGGUGAGAGUUGGACCGGUGGUUACCAGCAAUCUGACGGGUACAAGAAGCUUAACGGAGGAAGGAUAUGGUUCAGUUACUCGUGUGUACAUUGUAUGCCAAGAGGACAAGGGUUUAACCGAAGAAUUCCAGCGAUGGAUAAUCGAGAACUCUCCGGUUGAAGAAGUGAUGGAGAUCAAAGAUGCAGAUUAUAUGCCAAUGUUCUCAAAGCCACUUGAACUGUGUGAUCAUCUUUUAAAGAUUGCUGAUAAAUAUGCGUAAUAUGAUGUCAUCAGUGAGA